AUGAGAUGGCAGAUCUGCGCUUAUAGACCGGCGUGUAUACCACCACGGCAUUCGAUGCGAUCCACAUAUCAGCAGCAUAGUACCACCGGCCUGUAUCCACAUAUCAGCAGCAGCAUAGUACCACAUGGACUUCAUAACGCUAGGCGCCAAGCGGUACGAACUCUGGGUGUAGGCUUAUGCAUAUCUUACAACCCAUUACCGACCUGAACUGUAUCCGGAUGGAUGUGUUUUAAUGAAGAUCGUAUCGGGCCCAUCCAGGUACAGACUGAUGUUUCUAGGGAAUGCUUGUACAAGGAAUUUGCAUACCAAUAGG